CCACCCCAUUCUUCCGCUCUCUGCGGCACGCCAGUUCUGUUUUCCCUUGGCUCAAUCAGGCAUUCCAACUUCGUACGCUCCUUGUCACGCUGGCCUCCUUCCCGCCCGACUGGAUCGUGAACCUGACGGCAAGGACAGGCCCUUCGACGCUCCCUUUCGGCCCCUGCCCCGCUCCUUUUUGAAAAAGGAGAGGAAAAAUUUAAGAAAAGGCGCCGGCCGAGGUCAGCCGACGCGACGUAGACUCUAUUUCUGACGAAUGGUCCGACGAAGGGGGCUCGCCAUAGGAUAAGGAAAGGCAAGGAGAGAUGCAGCACCGAGGGUGGUUCGCUGUCGUCUUGUCGGCGGCGGCGGUAGUGGUAGCAGCAGCGCUUUGUGUCGCACCUUCAACAGCAGCAGCAGCAGCAGCAGCAUCAGAAGCAGCAGCGCCGGCUUAUUUUUAUGAGGCUGGAAGGAGGGGCUUGGCGGGAGGAGCCCACGUCGACCUUGUCCCGCCGAGGCGGCGGCACAACGACGAUGCGCACAGUACCGUUUCCAGGACGCAAGACAAGGCGAGAUGGCUGCGGCGGCAAGACAGCAGUGGCCGGCCAAAUGCCAGCCUUGCGAAUGCGCAGGACAAGCUUCAGAGCCUGGGCUUUCUUGGAGACGCAUACAAUGCGCCCAUGAAUAUUUCUUCCGAGGCCGAGCCCCAGCUCGUCUUUGUGCAGCUCGACACGGGGUCGUCCGACCUCUGGCUUGUCUCGGCUCGCUGUCAGACGACUGUGUGCAAGGACAGCCGCGUCAUCAAGUUCGACGAGACAAAGAGCUCCUCCUACCAUGACCUCCAGGUCUCAUCCAGCGGCCUCAAUGUCAACUCCUCCGAAGGUGUACAGAGCUCUGGGGGGACUGGUACUAAUGCGACAAAGAUGCUGGCCUCAAUCGAGCUGGAGAAGAGGAGGUUGUCGAGGGUCCUCGCCACGACUGCAACUACCGACGGAAACACAACGACUGUACCUUUUACCGUCACUUAUGAUGACGAUUCCCAAGCAACGGGCAUACUGGGCGUCGACAACAUGACUUUGGCCAAUCUCGGAGCCAGCCAGCAAAUCUUUGGACUCGUCAAUGACACCAACAUCACGCUGUCUGCCCAGGGCAUCUCUGGCAUCCUCGGGCUAGGCUUUACGAGAGGAAGCGCGAUCGCAAGAAGUCUUAUGAACUACAGCGAAGCGACCAUCGAUGGGAGAUCGACGCCCUUGCUCUCGACACUUUUAUCUUCGAGCAACAACUCAUACCCGCUCUUUUCUCUCUCUUUCACGGACACAGGUGGACGAAUGACGGUGGGCGCAGUCGAUUCGUCGAUCCUGUCCACCGACGAGCAAAGAGGCCUAGUUCAGUGGCACGACGUUGAGCCAUUCCCGUCAGGCAACUCGGCCCUGGCGUCCAACGCCUCGUCCAAUGUCGAUGCGGCAACGCUGGGUCAAUACGUCUACUGGGCUUUGCGACUCAGUGCUGUAGGAGUGGGCGGGCAGAGCGUAAAUCCCAAACCCACCUAUUCACAGGUCGGCUCGCAGCCGCUGGCUCUUCUCGACUCAGGAACACAGGGGAUCGUUGGGCCCUUUGACGCAGUCUCGGCCCUCUUUGACCAGAUCGAUACAUCGCGCUACGUCGGGGAUGGACGCUGGGCCGUACCUUGCACUGCAACUCAACGGAUGUUCUUCAGCUUUGGUGGGCGCAACUUGACGCUCCUUCCGACUGACUACAUCAUCGGUCCGGCCUCUGGAAACCCGUACCUGUGCCUAGCCUGGCCAGCUGCUGUACAAGGCUCGACUGAUGGCAUCGACUGGGUGCUUGGUCAAGCGUUUCUCCGCGCUCAGUACACCAUCUUUUCACUUGGAAUCGAGGGCAAGGAAUCUCCCAAGAUUGGCCUCUACCCGCUCAGGGCGCCUGCAGAUGCAACUUCGCCCUCGCAGAUCUUUGCUCCGCAGGACGCCGCCUCGGUCUCUGCCUUUGUACAGGCCGCCACACCAAUUGCGACGACGUUACCAAAUUCGCUAAUUCCGGUACCGACGCCGGCCUCGCUUGUUUCGUCAAAUGACUACCUCUUUUUGAAUGCAACGACGACCCCCUCUCCGGGCUACGUGCAAUCAGCCAUCUCUGUUCAGGGAGCAGGAGGAGCGACAAGCACCUUCAAGGCCCUCAUCAGCGCCAGCAGCGACAUUGUCGAUAUUCCCGCCAUUUCAAACGGGUCGACGCCCUUGCCCGUUCCCUUCAAUCCUGCCGAGCGGGAUGCGGCGUGGUCCGUCUUCGGCACGUCUCCUUCCAUCAGCAUCAUCACCUUUGUCUCUUUCAUCGUGCUCGCUUUCUCGUCGGCCAACCUCGUCUGGCUCUCGAGAUGAACGCUGAGCCAUGCUCUUUUCUCACUGCUGUUGUUGUGUCAUUACAUCGUUUCUUUCGUGCAUCCCGCAUACCAUCAUCUUACUUUUCAGCGAAGACACGCCCACAAUCUCUUGCAUUUUCUGUCUCUGUGUUGUACAAGAGGCAACAAUGAUAAAUGGACAUUAUCCUUAGCGAAAUAGGGACAUUU